GUGACAGAGGGGAGCCCUGCAGCGGGGACAGGUAAUGAACCAAAAAGAUCAUGUCUGAAGUACAAGGAACGGUGGAGUUUUCUGUAGAGCUACAUAAGUUUUAUAAUGUGGAUCUCUUUCAGAGAGGGUAUUACCAGAUCCGAGUGACCUUGAAGGUGUCCUCACGGAUCCCUCACAGACUGAGUGCCUCCAUCGUCGGGCAGACAGAGAGCAGCAGCCUGCGUGCAGCCUGUGUCCACGAGGGCAUCAUGCACAGCCGAGUCUUUCAGAUCUUGUACCGGAAUGAAGAAGUGCUCAUAAAUGAUGCCGCCAUCUUCCAGGCUCAUUUGCUCUUGGAUGGGGAAAGGGUGGAAGACGCACUGAGUGAAGUUGAUUUUCAGCUCAAGGUGGACCUGCACUUUACAGACAGUGAACAGCAGUUGAGGGAUGUGGCCGGGCCACCCAUGAUCAGCAGCCGCACGCUUGGCUUGCACUUUCACCCGAGGAAUGGGCUGCAUCACCAGGUGCCAGUCAUGUUCGAUUAUUUCCACCUGUCUGUGAUCUCUGUGACCAUCCACGCAGCCCUGGUGUCUCUGCGGCAGCCGCUGAUCAGUUUCACUCGUCCAGGAAGAGGCUCCUGGCUUGGUAAAGGUGGCCCAGACAUGGGACAGGAGCAAUCCAUCAUUUCCCUGGAAAACCUAGUGUUUGGAGCUGGAUACUGCAAGCCCACUUCCUCAGAGGGGAGCUUCUACGCCCCCUCGGAGCACUGCAUGCAGCAUGCGUACAAGUGGCACCGGGACCUGUGCCUGCUGCUCCUCCAGGCCUACCAGGGACUCCGCCUCUACUUCCUGCUGAUCAUGAGAGACAUCCCGGAGCUGCCGCACACAGAGCUGGAGGCCCUUGCUGUUGAAGAAACGCUUUCUCAGCUGUGCUCAGAGCUGCAGAUGCUGAACAACCCGGAGAAGAUGGCAGAGCAGAUCAGUAAGGACCUCGCCUGGCUGGCCGGCCACCUGAUGGCCCUGUGGACUCACUUCCUAGACACGGUGACUCUGCACGCCCACGUGACCACGUACCUCACCCAGGAGCAUCACACCCUGAGGGUUCGCAGAUUUUCUGAGGCCUUCUUUUAUAUGGAGCACCAAAAAGUCGCAGUCCUGACUUUUCAGGAAAAUCUGAUCCAGAGCCAUAGCCAGCUGUCCCUGGAUGUCCGGAACUCGGAGUACCUGGCCAGCAUGCCCCCACUGCCCGCAGAGUGCCUGGACAUCGAUGGUGACUGGAGCACCCUGCCUGUUAUCUUCGAGGACAGAUACGUGGACUGUCCGGGCAAAGGAAAUAAUUUGAGUCUUUGUCCUAAAUUUGAUGUUUCAGUAACAAGUCCCACAGUCACGAAUCUAAAAAAAAAGAAAGAAGAGAACCAUAUUGUAAAUAGAAAAUUAUCUGUUACGGAUGAACUUGUCUCAUCUACUGUGAAACCACCCCAGGUGGACUUGGAUGGAGAUGUUAUUAGAGGUCCAAAGCCAGAUAAGAAUAUAACUACACGAAAUCCUGCAGACGUGUGCUCUGAAUCUCAGGUGUAUCUGACAGUUGGUGAGUUUCAGGACAAAGCAGGGGCACAGAAAGACAAAUCUGGGACUGGCCAAAGAUCUGACGUUGGAACACACCUGCUGGCAAAGGCAGACUUGUCCCAAAGGAGUCCAGACCCCGAGGACGGACAGGCCCCAGCACUGACCUACAUCGAUGUGAACUCUAGCAAUAAGACUCCCUCCAAAGCAGAGUCCACGGUGGUCGUGAGUGCCCAGCACGAAAGCAGGAGCUCCAGACACAAGUGCGGCUCAGACAGGAAUGGGUUAAGUAAAGUAGUAACAGUUGAAAGCCACCAAAAUGCCAUCUCUUUAGACAAAAUAGCUCUCCAUGGUGAGCUGAGUACUGUAGGGAAAGGAGGUGAACAAGAGAGCAAGGUGCUGCUGCUGCGUCUGAAAAUCAUCCCCUCCGAGCCCUGUGACCCGCUCAGCUCGACUCCCAAGGAGCCACUGGUGGACGCUAGGUCUUCCCUGAAGGACCCCCAGCAGGAGGAGCAGGAAGAACUGUCCGUGCUCUCCGGGGUCAUCAAGAGAUCUUCUUCCAUCAUAUCUGAUUCAGGUAUCGAGAGUGAGCCAAGCUCCUUCGCCUGGUCCGAGGCCCGGAGCAGGGCCCUGGAGCUGCCCAGUGACCGAGAAGUCUUGCAGCCAUCUGCGCGCAGACACGGCCUGCACAGGAGCUCCUUGGAGGGCGGACACACUGAAAGCAACGUGAGCUUGCCAAGCGGGAUCCAGGCCUCUCUCACCUCCAUUAGCUCUCUGCCCUUUGAGGAGGAAGAGCGGGAGCUGGCGCUCACCAAGUUGACCAAGUCUGUGUCUGCACCCCAAAUCAGUAGCCCAGAGGAGGCUGCCAAUGAGACUGACCCUGAGCAACAAGGUAGAGAUUUUGGUGAAACCCCAGAUAUGUACCUCCAGGGCAAAGAUUCUCCCGGACACUGUGCUCACCUUUGUCAUGGCUCCAGAGUCCAGGACGCCAGGACAGAGUCAGAUGGUGACCACCUGCACGGCCCUGGUUACAUGGACAUUCCCAAAGGUAAAGCAAGUCAGUCGGAUCCUCGAGGGGACUGUCAUCUUGAGAGCAGGACUGAGAACACUGGAAGCCUUGAAACCAAAGUUCUUAACUUAAAAAUACCGUGCGUCAUAGCACUCGAAAGUCCUGGGACGAGGUCUUUUCAGAGAGCACUAGUGGAAACCCCAAAGGGCAUAGCCAGAGACUUGGAUGUGGGUAAACAGGCCCUUUCCAGCAGUGGCGUCUCGGAGGUUGAGGGUAUCUCCCCCCAUAAGGUGCCCGAAUCAAACCGUACGUCAGAGGCUGAUGUCAUCAGCCAGAGUUCACCAGGCAAGAAAAGAAGUUCACCUCGUACCACUGAUGACAGAGGAGGUGACCGAGGCGUGACUGCCUCCUCAGAGGGUAGACACAAAGCAGGCACUGUGUGCCCCACUGUGACUCACUCUAUUCACUCCAAAGUUUCCAGAAACCAAGAGCCACAGGCAAAUACUUCUGUCGGGGUGUCGCCCGUGACCUCCACAGAGUCGUUCUCUCUGGAGGGCCUGAAGGCCGUGGAGGUGGUCAACCUGUCUGUGUCCUGCACUGCCACGUGCCUCCCUUUCUCAUCUGUGACCAAGGAGCCCCCUGUCAGGACUGGAUUUUCUUCCAAACAGACCUUAUUUCCCAUCACUCAUCAACCUCUGGGCUCUUUCGGAGUUGUCUCUGCCCAUCCCAGCGAACUGGAGGAAGAAGUCAGUGAGAGGAUGUUCAGUUUCUAUCAGGCCAAAGAAAAAUUUAAAAAAGAACUGAAGAUUGAAGGCUUUCUGUACAGCGACGUGUCUGUGCUAGCUUCAGAUAUGCCGUACUUCCCGCCAGAGGAAGAGGAAGAAACUUUGGAGGAUGGGAUUCACCUAGUUGUCUGUGUCCAUGGCCUGGAUGGAAACAGUGCAGACCUCCGGCUGGUGAAGACUUUCAUAGAGCUGGGGCUCCCUGGAGGGAAACUGGACUUCUUAAUGUCUGAAAAGAACCAGCCGGACACGUUUGCAGACUUUGACACCAUGACGGACCGGUUACUGGAUGAAAUCAUUCAACACAUUCAGUUGUACAACCUCUCCAUAUCCCGAAUAAGCUUCAUUGGCCAUUCUCUCGGCAACAUCAUCAUCAGAUCGGUUCUCACGCGGCCCCGGUUCCGGUAUUACCUCAACAAACUCCACACCUUCCUGUCACUGUCCGGGCCUCACCUGGGGACCCUGUACAGCAACAGUGCCCUGGUCAGUACAGGCUUGUGGCUCAUGCAGAAAUUGAAGAAAUCUGGGUCUCUGCUGCAGCUGACCUUCAGGGAUAAUGCUGAUUUGCGCAAAUGUUUCCUUUACCAACUAAGCCAAAAAACAGGGCUGCAGUAUUUUAAGAAUGUUGUGCUGGUUGCUUCCCCUCAAGACCGUUACGUGCCAUUCCAUUCCGCCAGGAUCGAGAUGUGUAAAACGGCCCUCAAAGACAGACACACAGGGCCAGUUUACGCGGAAAUGAUCAACAACCUGCUGGGCCCUCUGGUUGAAGCCAAGGACUGCACUUUAGUCCGACACAACGUGUUCCAUGCCCUGCCCAACACUGCCAACACCCUGAUCGGCCGUGCGGCCCACAUCGCUGUGCUGGACUCUGAGCUCUUCCUAGAGAAGUUCUUCUUGGUGGCAGGACUCAACUACUUCAAGUAG